AUGAAAGUCGUCGCUAUCAUUUUAAGUGGAGCUAGCUUUUGCUUUGCGACCAGAUUGAGGGCAAAAGCAUGUGGUAAUGGUGGUGAUGCAGACUUAAACCGUCGUAAUCUGCUUUGCACCCCAGUACUAAAACCUGACUCGAUCUCGAAUGGAACGCAAAGACAUAAUGUCGAACGUGUGGAGAACGAGGCUCAUCUUGACGACAAAGAGAACGAAGCAAGAAUGAAAGGUGGGGCUAGUGAUAGUAUGUUAGAGAAAACUUUGAGUACGUUCCAAGAACUUUCAACAAAUGCGAUAAUAAAAGUGGAAGAGCUGAUACACGAAGCUCCCGCCCUGAAAAAGCCUCGACUGGAAUCAUCGUUUGCUAAUCAAUUCGCGCGACCUCAGCCGAUCGAUACAGCAUCUUAUUUCAAUCAUCUUAGAAACACGGCUGGUGAAGAUGUAAUUUCGGUACUUGAAUAUAGCUAUUACGAGGGCAAGACCGUCAUGGACUGGUUAAAAAGUGUACAAGCCUCCAGGACAUUCCCCACAAGUGAUGACAGUAUUGAGAAAUAUGAUAACACAAAGCUGCUAGUCACUUUAACAGAAGAAAUAAAACCACAGCCAAUUGUGCCACAAGACGUGGUAGAUCUGUUUGAUAAACUUCAAGCCAACCCAGAAUUCGCGAGCUUUGCAGAGGAUGUACAACGAACCAUGGUAUUGGAUUCCAUGUACAAGCCUUUGGUGUUUGGUCAAUGGAUAGAAAAGGGGUUUUCCCCAGAAAAGAUUCUCGAAAUUUUCUUUGCGCACAAGUCUAUGAACUUCAAAGUCACGGAUCAACUGUUUUUGGUGUGGCUUGAAUACUUCACGUGGUACUGGAGACUUGCGAAAAGUAAAAGCCCAUUGCGCAACGCUGAAUUUCUAUGGGCACUACGCAAGCAUUUGUCGGAAGACAGUCUGGAUAAGAUGAUUACAUCACAAGAGUUUCAGGAUGUUUUUUUAAAUCAAGACCUUGACGACGUGGUGGGCGACUUGAUGAGCAUACGGUUGACUUGGCAUACGGAUUAUCUUUUACGAAAAGAAACUCGCCCAGAUCUUGCGUUUCCCAAAUUAAUGAAGAGUUUGCAUGAUUUGGAUAAAUCAGACAAUUCUGCGAUGUUGUGGCUACUCAAUUACGUCUUGCAAUACAGGAAAAAUUUUCCUUUUACCGACACCGAGCUGGUUAAAUUGUUGUCUUCCACAAUCCCGUUUGAAUCGCUGAUAAGAUUUUUAAGAUCUCAAAGGAAAUACCCGCGGAUAAAUAAAUUAGCAGAAGAUAUGCUGCAGUCCAUGUUUUCGUCUACAACUAUGCUUACAACUUUGGCGAAUUCAGGAAUCAACCCUGAAAAAUACUUUCAACACCUUUUCAGUCUGUAUGGUACGGUUGCUACGUCUUCUAAGUCAGAAAUCAUGGAAGCCUCACAGCAAAAAAAUUUUGACGUGGCUUUACAAUACCUCAAAUAUGCUCUGGUGUUUGAUGUACAAAUAAAAAAGAUGACAUUUAAAAACAGCUUCCGCAAUUCAUUUAUCUUUUUAGAUGAAAAGAUGCAUGAUAUAUUGAGUCAGCAUUUGGAAGAGUUACAGGCCAAUAUGGAGAAAUUCAAGCAAGAUUUGGGAGUUGUGGAGAUUGGACAAGGGGUGCCACCUGUGUAA